AAAGCAACCAUUUUUCCUUCCUCCCCUUCCUCUCAUCUCCAUGAAAACAAAGCUUCUGCAACCCCAAUGAGUAAAUCCCACCAAUCUUAGCACCUCAUCUUCCCAUCUGCAACACCCAUGGAUGAAUCUGAUGUUUACCCGAAGGACCCAUUCACCCCUCCACCCCGGCGCACCUCCUCCGGCGGCGGCCCUUCCACGACCGGUGUCCACGUCACCGCCCUCGACGGCCUCGUGAACGUGAACUCCCUCUUCACCAUCGCCGUUUUCGUCGGCCUCUCCCUCACCACUCCCGGGCAGCACAGCCUCGAGAACCCCUCCGCCUGCGACGCCGGCCUCGACGUGGCCAGGAAGCUCCUCGUCUUCGAGGUCGUCUCCUUCAGCUUCUUCCUCUUCUCCUCCCUCGUGGCGCAGGGCCUCAAGCUCGCCAUCAACUUGCUCAACAGCAAGGACGUGGACGAGGUCUUCCGGGCUCACAUCAACCUACGCGUGCUGAGGUUCGGGAUGUUAGCCUCCGCAGUGGGGUCCGUCAUGGGCUGCCUGUUCCUCAUGUUGUCCAUGGUGAAUGUGAUCGAGAUCAGACUCGGGAUGCUGUCUUGCGGCAGCCGAUCCACGGCUCAUGCGGUCACGGCAUUAAUUGUUCUGGUGACCUCUGCUCUCUUGGUUUAUAUUUCGACUGCUGUGUAUGCUUUUCUGCAUUGAGUUUGAUGGGACUGAUGAAGAUGAUAAUUGGUUUGGUGCGCUUGAUGUGUUGGAUGAAAUGUUGAAUUAGCUACUUGUUGUAUACUUGGAACUAAUCAAUCUCUUUUUAUAUGAUUAGAGAAAGUUUCGGCUAAAGAUGUGAUCUUGUUGAAGUAAAGUCGUUUUCUUGUUGAAAAUUGAUAAGCUGAUAAGUUUAUGGAUAUCUAACUUCAGUUUUUCUUUUUAUGAUACCUGAUAAGUUUAUAGAUAUCUAACUUCUCGUGGUAAAUUUUCAGUUUUGUUGUUAAGUUGAUUUUGGAGAUAUUUUCCGGGCAAUUCUGUUAGAUUAGUUCAUAAUAUGCAACCUCUGAGCCAGAUUUUCACACACAACAUAACUCUUUGACUUUCAUUGUACGGACUAAAUGACUGUGGUCUGCAAGGUUAAGAUUGCUAUAUUCUUAUUUUAAGGACAUCUCCUUGAAGAGGAUGUUUCUUAUUGGAUGCUCCAUCGAACAAUACGCGUGAGGAGCUAUUUUAUGUACCUGCAUUAUUCAAUCCUCACCACAAGGUUGAAUCCUAAGAUUAAAAGUUCAUUGCUGCUAGCACUGUAAGAAACAUAGGUCUUCAUGAGGCAGAUGGUACUGAAGUUGAAUUAUUGAGAUUUUCUAUUUUAGUGGAUUUACUUUCUGUUGAAUGGAAUAUUGUAUAGAGUUGUGAAAAAAGGUGAUAAAGCUCCAAGAACCAAAUAUGGGCUUCAAUUCCUAUGAUUUCCAGUUCUCUUUGAUCUGUGUUACCUUCUCCCUUCAAUAUUAUGUUGUGACUGUUGAAAUCUCUCCAUUGUUUGAAAGUUGGUUAACUAAGCGGCUCUUGAUGAAACCUGGGCCUUUUGCUUAUGUGCACUUCGAUAACAAUGUUACAU